AUGGAAACACCAUCUUCGGGGAUUGCAACCCCGGUUGACGUGGAAAAGGGCAAGUUUCAUCAACGAAAGCGAGUGACGGUCACUUUCCGCGACCUGAACGUUCGAGUGACGGCACCAGAUGCAGCCUUGGGUAGCACAUUGUGGUCAGAGAUCGACCCUCGACAGCUUUGGAGCCUUUGGAAAAGAGCAGAGCAGCCCAAGCGGGUAAUCUUAAAGAAUAUAGGUGGCCAGGUCAAACCAGGCGAAAUGAUGCUGGUGCUGGGUCGUCCGGGAUCUGGUUGUACAUCCCUCCUCCGAGUUCUCUCGAAUGACCGCGACAGCUUUGACGAAGUCACUGGCAAAAUCCACUACGGAAGUAUGGACCACAGAACAGCUAGUCAGUUCCGCCAGCAAAUCAUGUUCAACAACGAAGAUGAUUUACACUUCCCGACCCUCACCGUCAAUCGCACCCUGAAAUUUGCGCUGCGGAAUAAAGUCCCCAACGAGCACCACGACCCUUCCAAGACCCCAAAAACAUUUGUUGAAGAGAAAAGAGAUGGCAUCCUUGAGUCUCUUGGAAUUGGACAUACUAGGAAGACUCUGGUGGGUAAUGAGUUUAUUCGAGGCGUAUCGGGAGGUGAACGCAAGCGUGUAUCCUUGGCCGAGGUCAUGGCUGGUCAGAGCCCGGUGCAAAUGUGGGACAACCCGACCCGUGGCUUGGAUUCCAAGUCUGCCGCGGAGUUCGCACGCAUGUUGCGCUUCGAGGCCGACAAAAACGACAAGACAAUCAUUGCGACCACAUACCAAGCAGGGAAUGCUAUAUAUGACCAAUUUGACAAGGUCCUGGUUCUGGCAGAGGGCCGGGUGAUCUAUUAUGGCCCUCGCAGUCUCGCGAAGAGUUAUUUUGAAGACCUUGGGUUUCUCUGCCCAAAAGGUGCCAACAUCGCAGAUUUUCUCACCUCCGUAACUGUCCCUACCGAACGCGUCAUUCGGUCGGGAUGGGAGAAGGACGUCCCCAGCAAUCUCGAAGAAUUCGAAUCUCGUUACUACCAAAGCUCAAUCCGCAGAACCCAGAUAAAUGUGAUGGAGCCACCCGAGACAUUGGCUGCUGAGACGGAAGAGUUGAAGUUAGCCGUCGCUCGCGAGAAGAGAACGCAACAUGUUCCUCGGAAACAGAGUGUUUAUACGGCAAGCUUCUGGAAUCAAGUUGGCACUUGUGUGCGCCGACAAUUCCAGAUCGUGUGGGGAGACAAGUUCUCGCUGCUCGUUAAGAUAUCUUCAGCCAUCAUCCAGGCCCUUGUGUGUGGUAGCCUCUUUUACAAUCUGCCAGAGGACAGCACCUCCAUUUUCAUGCGACCUGGUGUCCUCUUCUUCCCGGUACUUUACUUUCUACUUGAGUCCCUGUCCGAGACUACCGGCUCCUUCAUGGGACGUCCAAUCCUUGCACGGCAAAAACGAUUCGGCUUUUAUCGACCAACCGCUUUCUGCGUUGCCAAUGCCAUCACGGACAUUCCAGUGGUGAUGGUUCAAGUUACCUGCUUCUCGCUCAUAUUGUACUUUAUGUCUGCAUUGCGAAUGAAUGCGGGACGCUUUUUCACCUUUUGGGCCAUUGUCAUUGCACAGACACUCUGCUUUAUCCAACUGUUUCGUUCAGUGGGUGCGGUAUGCAAGAGAUUCGGAAACGCAUCUAAGGUAUCCGGUCUGUUAUCGACCGUGUUUUUCGUCUAUGGAGGAUACCUUAUCCCUUUUGACCAGAUGCACGUCUGGUUCCGCUGGAUAUUUUACCUCAACCCCGGCUCUUACGCAUUCGAAGCUCUCAUGGCAAAUGAGUUUGUUGGGCGGAAGCUGAAGUGCAUUGAGCCAGACUAUAUCCCAUACGGUCCAACUUACCUGGACUCUGCUUCUCCACAUAGGGGAUGCUCCGUUCCAGGAAGCGAUGAUCAAGGAAUCAUAGAUGGAGCUGCUUACAUUGGAGAGCAGUACAACUACUCGUUCCCUCACAUCUGGCGGAGCUUUGGAAUCCUUGUUGGCUUGUGGGUCUUUUUCAUCUUUCUCACUUCGGUUGGCUUUGAGUUGCGAAACAGUCAGAGUGGAUCUUCUGUUUUACUUUACAAGCGUGGAAGCCAGAGGAAGCAUGUAUUGGAUGAAGAAAAUGCUUCACAGGCUACACGAUCAGUUCACACAGGCUUUGGUGCAGCGUCCACGAGACAGUCAACAUUUACGUGGAAAGAUCUCGAUUACCACGUGCAAUUUCAUGGGCAAAAGAAGCAGCUCCUCGACAAGGUGUUUGGGUUUGUCAAGCCAGGAAGUCUGGUUGCACUGAUGGGUGCCUCGGGAGCCGGCAAGACAACACUGCUUGAUGUUCUUGCCCAACGCAAGGAUAGCGGAGAGAUCUAUGGGUCUAUUCUGAUUGAUGGUCGGCCACAGGGCAUCAGUUUCCAGAGAACCACAGGGUAUUGCGAGCAGAUGGAUGUGCACGAAGCAACAGCCACCGUUCGAGAAGCGCUUGUCUUCUCUGCCGUUCUACGCCAGCCAUCGAAGGUUUCAUAUGAGGAGAAGAUUGCUUACGUUGAGCACAUAAUCGAUCUUCUGGAAUUACAUGAUAUCAGUGAAGCAUUAAUUGGAGCCCCCGGUGCCGGCUUGAGUAUUGAGCAGCGCAAGCGCGUUACCCUAGGCGUCGAGUUAGUGGCUAAACCCACUUUGCUCUUUCUGGAUGAGCCGACUUCGGGGCUUGAUGGGCAGUCAGCGUACAACAUUGUGCGAUUCUUACGAAAGCUGGUUGACGGUGGCCAGGCCGUUUUGUGCACAAUUCAUCAGCCAUCCGCAGUUCUGUUUGAUUCAUUUGACGGCCUGCUCCUCCUUGCAAAGGGUGGCAAGAUGUCUUAUUUUGGAGAAACUGGCGAGGAUUCCACCAAGAUUUUAGAGUACUUCGCCCGCAACGGAGCCCCGUGCCCACCCGAAGCCAACCCGGCGGAACAUAUUAUUGACGUGGUGCAAGGAGCCAAUCCGGGAAAGGUCGACUGGGUCGAAAUUUGGAAAAACUCAGAGGAGCGCCACCAAGCGCUGGAAGAGCUCGAGUCUUUGAAUAGAUCCUGCGAAGCUGACCUCGAUUACAUUGAAGAUACGGCCGACUAUGCCACCUCGCAUUGGUUCCAGUUCAAAAUGGUGACCAAGCGUCUCACGAUCCAGAUUUGGCGAUCCCCGGACUACAUGUGGAACAAGAUUAUCCUCCAUGUCUUCGCCGCACUGUUCAGUGGUUUUACUUUCUGGAAAAUUGGGAACGGAACCUUUUCAUUGCAGCUAAGGUUGUUUGCCAUUUUCAACUUUAUAUUCGUGGCGCCCGGAUGCAUCAACCAAAUGCAGCCAUUUUUCCUUCACAACCGUGAUAUCUUUGAGACUCGAGAGAAAAAGUCCAAAACAUACCAUUGGAUCGCUUUCAUCGGGGCUCAAACGAUCACGGAGAUUCCCUACCUCAUUAUUUGCGCGACGUUGUAUUUUUUGUGCUGGUACUUCACCGCUGGAUUUCCCGCAACGCCAAGUAUUGCAGGUCAUGUUUACCUUCAAAUGAUCUUCUAUGAGUGUUUAUACACUUCCAUUGGCCAGGCCAUUGCGGCUUAUGCACCCAACGAGUAUUUUGCUGCUGUGAUGAAUCCGGUUUUGAUCGGGGCCGGAAUGAUCAGUUUCUGUGGCGUGGUGGUCCCCUACAGCCAGAUGCAACCGUUCUGGCGUUACUGGAUUUAUUACCUGGACCCCUUCACCUACCUUGUGGGUGGACUUUUAGGUGAAGUUCUGUGGGACGUCAAAGUGGCCUGCGAGCCAUCCGAAUAUGUCCGUUUCAGUGCACCGUCUGGGCAAACGUGCGGGGAAUAUAUGGCCGAAUUUCUGGCAUCGCAGGCUGGGUAUCUGCUAGACAAGAAUGCCACCAAAACAUGCUCAUUCUGCAAAUAUUCCAGCGGAGCUGACUAUGCCAAGUCCUUCAAUCUCACAGAAAAAUACUACUCGUGGAGAGAUACUGGCAUUACUGCCCUGUUCUGUUUCACUUCUUACGCGCUUGUGUUCUUCAUGAUGAAGCUCAGGAGCAAGAAGACAAAGAGUGCUCGGUCCGAGUGA